AUGAAAUGCUCUCCUGAUGAAGAUGAUGAAGAAAUUAAAAUUGACUUAAAAAGAAUUUCAGAUAAAUUGCUACAUAAACUGAAAGUCAAAAAAUUAUUGAGAAAGAAAAAUGGAUUAAAAUAUGAUAAUAUUUAUGAGUUAUUAGCUUUGUUUUCGAUAAUAGUGUUUAAGCAGCUCAACUGGCCAUGUUUGUAUUCCACCAUAAUUACAAUCGCAGAAUGGAAAGAAAUAACAAGAACUAAUCCCUAUACAUCUCAAGAUUCUCCACUUUCUCGAGAUAUUUUAUUAUCUUUAUAUGAUGUCUCAUUCAACCAUUUUCUUGAAUUAGAUUUAUUUGUGAAAAAUGGUGAAUUGAAGUUGAGUAAAAUAGUCAUGUUUAAGGAUGUUAGAUUGCUUAAACAGUUCAGUUCAAGUUCUAAACCCGAUUAA